AUGUAUUACAACGGAAACAACCAGGUGAAAUGCGAGUGCGGUACUGACUUUGGAGUGUCAGCGCGAUCGUAUGAUGACAGCGUGAAUACCCAGAAUAACAAGAAGUGCGAUUUGUCCUGCUCAGCCAGCGGCACACAUGGUUGCGAUCCGACAACUCAGAGGUGCUGCGGAGAUGCUAACUUCCAGAUUUAUCCGGUAUACGCCAAUCCAAGGCUCAUGGGUUGUCAUAUCCCUCGAAUUCCCGGUUACUACCAGAUAGAGGCCAAUGGAGGACCCGCAACACCUAUCCAAAACUCAUACUCCUGUAUCGCCACACCAUACAGUUUGUCCUCGCGGCGGUCCUCUUCAGUGGCCUAUGCCAGCACCGUUGGAACCGUUACGCGCUCCGCCAGCUUUGUCGGGACGGCCACGGCAACGCGGGGCGCGUCAACUCUGAGUUAUGUCCAGUACGGUUGCUACGAUGGCGCCGUGAGUUCAGCACUGUCCUACAAUGGUGCAGUGGCCACGGUUGAGGCAUCCGUCACGAACGUCGACGUGGACAAGUGUGUGCAAUACUGCGCCAGUCAAAGCAAGGACUGGGCCGCCGUUGGUGGUUCCCGGUCCAGCACUAGAUGUGUCUGCGGAAGCACCUUCGGAACCGGCUCGGGACCAAUUGCCAUGGACUAUUGCAAUGAGCCGUGCCAGAAUCCCGCCGUUGCACAAAAUUGUGGUGACGCCAACAGAUUCAUGGCCUACGCCGUUGCCGCAUCUGCGACUGGAGGUCAAUGGUAUCAGGCUUGGUCGUCGUCAAUCACCACCCGCCUUGUACGUAUUACCAGAUCCUUUCAGGGCCAGACUUGUAGUCUUUAG